AUGGAUCCACGAAAACAAUCGUCAACUCGAAAACAGUCACCAUCACAAUUAACAACUGCUUAUUUACUUAUUUAUAACAGUGUUCUUACUAUUGGUUGGACACUUAUUCUUUUUGAAACAAUUAAACGGGUCAUUUCGUAUAAUUCAUUUGGUGAUUUCUGGGAAUGUUAUGGUUUAUGGAAUGCUAUUGAAUUACCACUUAAAAUUUGUCAAACAGCUGCUUUUCUUGAAGUUUUUCAUGCUAUGUUUGGUCUCGUUCGAUCAAAUCCCAUGAUUGUUCUUAUUCAAAUUAUAUCACGUGUUUUUCUUGUUUGGGGUGUAGCUAAUUAUAUUCCACAUGCUCAACAUUCUAUUGGCAUUCUUUUAGCAGUAACAGCAUGGAGUAUUACAGAAAUUAUUCGUUAUGGUUAUUAUGCAUUAAAUUUAUUUCAAACUUCACCUCAAUUACUUACAUGGUGUCGAUAUUCAUUUUUCAUCGUACUUUAUCCAUUGGGUGUAACAGGUGAACUUGUUACAAUAAUCAAAGCAAUGCGAACAAUUUAUCCUGAAUCGGUUCGAAAUCGAUAUUCAAUACUUUUACCAAAUAAACUUAAUUUCGGUUUUGAUUAUUUUUAUUUUCUUGUCGUUGUUCUUCUUGCUUAUACAUAUUUUCCAACAAUGUACAAGCAUAUGUUUACACAACGUGCUAAAACAUUAAAUCCAUCAUCAUCAAAAAAAGUUAAUUAA